UAUAUGUAUACCAUAUUUAUAAUAUAAUGAGACAUGACUUUUUCAGAAUCGAUGGAUGCUGUCGCCAUGUGGUUGACACAUUAUUUGAGAUUAAUGACUACCAGAAUGACUCUGAGAAGGAAAGCUGUACAUCACAUGCUUGCAGUUGGGUUCGGAGAUCUAGCCAGGCUGAGAACAUUGGAAAGCCUAUUCCAGUAGCAGACCUUGACACUUCAGUCCUGCCAUUAAAUGGUUUCACUCCAAAACCUCUAAACUCUCCACUUCCAGAACAAGCAUGCAAACCAGACACUGCUGUCUUUAUGGAUAAAUUGAAAACACUUUGCCCUUCAGCUUGUGGCCUGAGAUUGAAGUACAUCUACCCUGAUGAAGUUCAAAGUCCCCCUCCUUCGACGGUUGAAACACCAGUGGAAAAUAUUCGACGGUUCAAUGCACACCACGUGUGUUGUAAUAAAAACUGUACUUGUGCAAAUCUUUUUAUUUAUUAUUAUUAA